AUGGGUAAAGGGAUAUUUCCUCCUCUCUCAUCCAACGAUAUAAUCAGCUCCCUCAGCGCAUGGGGGUAUGACAUCAACAAAGAACAGCUGCGUCAUCCUACACCGGACUUCGUACAAGGCGUAUUCUGCGCGUGUCUCAAGCAGGUCACCGACAUAGAUGCAGAGGCCCUCCAGGACCCUGUGACGCGGGCGUUGAAUCAUACCCAACUUGUAGACAAGGACCUCUACGCUACAUCCCUUUCGAACCAUCUUCUACUUCGCCACUUAACGCGCUUCGCCGAUGCAGCGCGAGUAGAUCACUUUUGCUCUCGAGACAUAUAUAUGCCUGAGCGGGAACGCACGCUCUUUGUGCUGUCCGGUUUCAUCAAUUUCAUCAAAUUCACCCAGCAAUAUUGCGAAGACGUCGUCAGAAAGCUACGGGACAACUCAGAAGGCAUUAUCGUCGAACGAGAAAAAGUUUCGAAGAAAUUGAGCCAGAUCACCGAAGAAAUCGAACAUAUCAAAGCCAAAUUCGCCCUGGAUGAGCCCAAAUGUGUGCAAUUGAGGGAAGAAAAUGCUGCUAUCCGAGCGCAGCUCUUUGCAUCUAAAGAGAUGCAAGUUCAGGCGCUGGAAGAAAUCAAGAAUUUGAAGAUCGAAAAGGCGGACAUCGUGAAGGAGAAAGAACUUAUCAACGCAGAGAUUGUCAGCAUCUCAGCCUUGAACACACGGGCCCAGUCUCGCAUUGUUAAGUCACCAGACCGCAUCAAGCAGAAGAUUUCUACGAUGGGCUUUACCUUGCAACAGGAUAAACAAACUGUUGCAAUGCAGGAAUCGAAGGCGCGAGAUCUCCAAGCCAAGAUCACAGCACUGACAAACAUUGAGAAGGACGUUCGGGGGUGCAUCGAGCAACUGCAGACGAUAGAGAAGGAAGUCAGAUCAUUGCAAGAGUCCCAAAAGGAGCUCCAUCAACUCAAGGAUUUGGUGGAAGGACAACAGAUCCGACACAAGGAGCUGCACUUGCAUCGUGAACGGCUGUUCAAACAGCUUUCGAACGCUCAAGAGAAGUUGGAACGCGCUCAGAGGCACGCAGAGGAUCGUAAGGUAGCCAGCCAAAAAACGAUUGAACGGUUGCAAGCGGAGUAUGACGACAUGGUUGUGGAACGGCGAGAUACGGACAAGCAAGUGGAAGACAUUCGAGCCCAGGCAAACGAGAUUGAGGGAAAGAUCAACGAACACCUGAAGACGAGUGAAACGGAGCUCAACCAACUACUGGCGGAGUAUUGGAAGCUGCGACAUAACACUGAUGUUUAUAUGCACACUUUGGCCAACAAACUAGACAUGAAAGUGGAUUUUAUAUAA